ACCACGAACUUAAACGCGUCGUACAAUCAUUUACACACAACCGUUUCUAGUCGAGUGGUGUAAGUUCAAUACGUUUUAAUUUAAAUAUUUAAGUAUCUUGACUUUCUGUUUGUCGCAGAGGGGCUCGAUGGAGACGAGGACACGCGCAGCCCCCCGUGUCUCCCGAUGUCCAAAGGUGAAACCGACCAAUCGGUGAUGGUUAUGGAGGAUGAUGGACGCCCCCUCCGCCAAUCAGAGCCGCGCACCCGGCACCCAGUCGUGGGCGGGCCAGAACGGCUGGUCUCCAGCUUCACCUCCAGGGGCCCCCUGCAACCCUCUGCCCGGCUUUCAGCAUCUCAGCCUGAGCUCGCCUUCUGACCAGAGACCCGAGCACGGCCUGCUGCAGGGCUCCGCCCCCGCCUCUCCACCCGGAGACCACGCCCUGCACCCCCGCGGCGCCUCCUCAGCGGCCCCGGCCGCGGGCCAGGGGAGACGCGUUCCUCCGUGUUCCCUCCCCCUGGCGAAGGAGGAUCCAUGCAGGGUGCAACAAAUGCCGUUUUACUCCCCUCACAGCCCUUACCAAGGCGCGUCGCCCCCGUACACACAGCAGGGUUCACCUUCCGUUGCCGACGGGCCGCUGUCCUCGCGUCAGAGUCACCUGCCGGUCGGCUCUCCGUCGCUGGGUGCGGACGGUCCGCCGUGCAGCCCUCGGCCCGCCUUCGAGAGGGCGGACGCGGGGUCCGCCUCGCGGCAGCCUCACUGGACGCUCGCAGCACCCUCGAGGGGAACCAUCGACGAGUUGGUUCCCGAUGCAGCAGCCCCGGCCUGGAACGCCGCGCCACAGUCCCCCCCCUGUGAGUCCCGUUACGGGCUGGACCCGGAGCUCCUGCCCAGCGUCGUGAAGGUGAUGGCAGAGGACGCGGCGGAGUGGGAGGGCAAGGUCUUCGUCUCGGAGCCCUUUUCCCGUCUUCCCCCUCUGGCGACCACGUCCUGCACCAUAGAGGACCGGGGUAAACGCACACAGGGUUUGACCCGCUGUAUUUUUUACUGCGUUCCUUGCGAAGGCCAGUCGGCGCUCCUCAGCCGCCUGCCGCUGGCAGCUCUGCUCACUCCUCUGGCCAAACUGAGCGAGGCGGAGCCGCUGCCGGUGGGCAGCGAGGCGGAGUGCGUGACGGGCUGUGGCUCCUGCGGCGCCGCCAUGUGCCCGGCGAUGGGCUGGCAGGACUGCGGUCAGAGGUUCUUCUGCCCCUUCUGCGGCAAACUCAACGAAGUGCCGUGGCACCACUACCAGCCCACCAGGGGGCCGGAGGGCGUCCGGGUGGACAGAGACCAAAGGCCUGAGCUCAGCAGGGGGUCCUACGAGAUACUCGGUCCUCAGAGGGGGGAACCUGCCGCCCUGAUUCUGGCCGUAGAUGUUUCCGCCUCAGCGGUGAGAGGAGGACAUUUGGAGUUUGCCACUCAACAGAUAUUCACUCUGCUCACCUCUCUGAACAGCGGGGACGGCGUCCGCGUGGGUCUGAUGACGUACGACCGCCGGAUCCACCUGUACGACCUGAGCCCGGCUCUGACCCGCCCGCACAUGCUGGUCAUCGCCGAGACCGAAGACCUGCAGCUGCCCGUGAGGGAGGGGCUGCUGGUGCCCCUGAAGGACUGCAUCCACGGCCUCCACAGUGUGUUGCAGCUUAUUCCUCAGUUCAGUCCGGAGGGUGGAGGCUCGGGUGGAGGCUCGGGUGGAGUCCCCGUGGAGCUGCCGGUCAAAGCCGGCCUCGCCGUGCUGCAGGCCCUCAGUUGUCCCGGCAAGCUGCUGGUCUUCCACGCGGCUCCUCUGGUGGAGACGGGGGACACAAACUCGUCCUCGGGGUUCUUCGGCUCCACCAAAGCGAAGUCCAUCUUUCAGCCGUCGGAGGCGACCGCCUCAUUGGCCGAGGAGUGCGUCCGUCAGGGCUGCGGCGUUCACCUGUUCGUCCUCGCCCAGCAAGACGUGGGCGGGGCUUGGCCGGGUCACAUUCCAUACCUGACGGGCGGAGCUCUGCGCACCUACGACCACCUGCAGGGAGAACUGGACCGGGAGCGUUUCAUCGCGGACCUGCAGCGCGUCGUGGAGACGGACACCGGCUACAGGGCCCAGCUCAGCGUUCACGUCAGCAAAGAUGUGCGCGUGUGCGGCUGUUACGGGCUCUUCCUCCCCACCGGGGCCAGCCCCGCCCACGUCGCCAUGGCGACCCUUGACCGGAGGACGACGCUGGCCGUGGAGCUCGCACACAACCGAGCGCUGGACGAGGCGAGAGGCGUCGCCAUACAGACCGUUUUGUCCUACAGCACCCAGGCGGGACGCAGGAGGACCCGGGUCCACACUCUGACGCUGCGAUGCUCUCGUCACCUGCAGGACACUUUCCGGCAGUACCAGGCCCAGACGUUACUCACCUUCUACUGCAAAAAGAUUUACUGCUCGGUGUUGGAGCGCCCCCUGCAGGAGCUGAGGGAGGAGCUGCAGACGGAGGUGACGGAGGCGCUGGCCUCCUACCGCAAGCACUGCUGCUCCGCCUCCGUGUCCGCCGGGCAGCUGGUCCUCCCUCAGUACCUGCGCGCACUUCCUGUUUACAUCAACGGCCUGAGGAAGAGCGAGGUGCUGCUGCCGGGGCUGCGGAGCUCCGUCCACCAGCGGCUGCAGCAGCGCUGCCAGGUGCUCGCCAUGGACGCCGCCGCCACCUCCGCCCACUUCUACCCGCUGCUGCUGCCUCUGCCGCUCUCGGUGGACGCCUCCUCCUCCUCCUCCUCUGCGGAGGCGCUGCGCUGCUGCGCCGCCAGCAUGGAGCCCGGACGUCUGUACCUGGUGCACGCGCCCCUCACCCUGCUGCUGUGGGUGGGCUCCCGAGUCCCAGCAUGCACCCUGAUGGCGCUGUUCAACGCCGGCUGCUUCUCCUCGCUGCCCUCGGGGGAGACCAAGCUGCCGGUUCUUGAGAACCGCCUCUCCGCCCGCGUCCGGUCCCUGGUCCACGCGCUGGACGCCGAGGCGCCCUGCGCCCGCAAGCUGUGGGUGGUGAAGCAGGGCGACGCCUGCGAGGAGGUCCUGCAGCGCCACCUGGUGGAGGACAAGAGUCCCAACGGGGGGGCGUCCUACGCCGACUUCCUCUACCAUCUCCACGUCAACUCUGUCCGGCUCCUGCAGUGACCCCCCCCCCCGGCGCAGAAAGGACUCAGCCGCGUUACUAAAAUGUGGGAGUUCUGAAGGCCUCUGGCAGGACAUUUUUAAGAGUGCUGUGAAAGUGUUGAAUGUGACCCGUGCUGUUCUGAGAAAUGUGGUUAUGAUGUUAAUUUAUUUGUGUGUGUGUGUGUGUGUUUCUGUGUGGGAAUAACCCAGAAUUAAAUCCAUGAAGGCUUUAAUUGA